GUAGCGUUGCCUUCCAAAACGUUUUUGCGCUUCAUUUUCCACGCCGAAAUCGUUUUUCUUCUAAACAGUGUUUUUUGUGCAGUAAUUUGCCAAUAAAACUAAUUUUAAGUGAAUAAAUCUACUGAUUCAGUGACAAGAGAAUAAAAGAAAGGGGAACGGCGAUUGGUGUAAUUGCUUGUUUAAUUUAAUAUAAAAGUACAAAAAGUUAUAUCCAGUCAAAAUGAAAUCAAAGAAAUCUGAUUCCGCAACUACCGAUGCUGUUGCCGACUCAUCAGAAGAGGAAGAGUACGCAGUGGAAAAAAUUUGCGGCCGCCGCGUGCGCAAGGGAAAGGUCGAAUAUUAUCUCAAAUGGAAAGGCUAUCCUGAGGAAGAAAAUACCUGGGAACCCGUGGAGAAUUUAGAUUGCCAAGAUUUGAUACAGGCAUAUGAAGCAGAUCGUGAGAAAAAUGAGCCUGCCACAUCCAGUAAACCACCUGAGAAAAAAGAUACGUCCAGUAAAAAGGAAGCUAGCAGCAGUGGACGUACUAGUGCUGCUGGUAAUAAACGCAAGUCUGAAGAGAAAACUUCAGGUAGCAAGAAAAAACGACGUGACUCAUUAAAAUCAGAAACUGACAAUGAUUCAGUAUCCGACAUUUCCUCGCGUACCUCUGAGCGCACUGGUUUUGAUAGAGGCUUAGAGGCCGAGAAAAUACUUGGCGCCUCUGAUUCGAGCGGUGGCUUGACUUUCCUCAUACAAUUCAAGGGUGUUGACCAGGCUGAAAUGGUGCCAGCAGCGAUUGCAAAUGUUAAGAUUCCACAAAUGGUUAUUAAGUUCUACGAAGAACGUCUCUCCUGGUAUUCUGAUAAUGAAGAAUAAGUUUAAAUUAAUUACAUAGUUGAUGAUUAAAUAUCUAUAUCAAAAUAUAAACAAACAAGUAGACACAUGCAUACAACAUGCCUAAAACAACACGACUUUUCACAUUUCCUUAAUAUUAUCUCGGGCAAUCAGAGGUGAACUGUUAAUAUAUAAAUUGAAUAUGAAUAAGUUCAUUUUAUAUUAUAUUUGGAGACUAUCGUAAUAAAAACACACAAUUUUACUCAAUUUUAAACAUCCAAUGAACAAAGGAAAAAAGUUUCUCAUAUAGUCUUAUAGUUAAUAUUUGCUUAACUAUAAACUGUUUUGAUUUUAACAAAUAUCACUAUUUCACCACGUGUUUUUUAGUAUGCACUGUACCGGAAAAGUCAAGUUGGUAUCAAUUUGUACAUAUUUUCGAAAUAUGUUCCGAAAUUGAGAGAAUCGUACACACCUUUUAACACUUUAUUGCUCCAUCCAUGUUAGGACGAUCGAUUUGUUAGAACUAAACAAAAAUCAAGCAAUGUACUGAUGUGGGAAAUAUGUUUAAAUAAAUU